AUGAGUGAGUCACGCCAAAUUCAGAGCAUGAUUGACUUCAUCGAGCGGGAGGCGCGGGAGCGGGCGGAGGAACUCGACGCCGCCGCGCAGGAGGAGUACGAUGUUGAGAAGAUGCGACUCGUUGAGGCGGAGAAAAUAAAAGUGCGAUCGACCACCGAGCAGAAAAAGAAACAAGUGGAUAUUGACCGCAGAGUGGCACGGGCAAACUUCUCCAAAACCCAACGACUGCGCAUCAUGGAGGAGAGGAGAAAGAUAAUGGAUCAAUUGAGAGAGAACACUAAGAAUAAAAUACUGGCGUUCGUGAAUGAUGCUAGUAAGUAUCGAAAACUCCUUGUGGACCUCAUUCACCAGGCACUUCUUUCCGUGCAAACUGAUGCUGUCAUUCACACACGGAAAGAAGAUAUCACCACUGUUCAAGGGAUGCUGAAUGAACUAGAGCAGUGGUAUCUCACCAAGACGGGAAAGAAGAUUUCCAUCACACUCGGUCAAGAUCAUCUUGACAGUGAAGAUGCAUGGGGUGGUGUGAUUGUGGAAUCACGGGAUGGUCACAUUAUAUGUAAUUUGACCCUUUCCUGCAGAAUGAAGCACUGCUUUGAAGAUCAACUUCCCACCAUUCGUUAUUACCUUUUCAACCCAGAAGCCCCAGUUUAA